AUGAAUCAAUAAUACCAAUCAGGUGAUGUUGAAGUUCAUGGGUUCUAAUAACAACAGCCAAAAAAAUAUGUUUAAGUCGGCAGCUACUGCGAUGUGUACUACGAUGUGCAGAAAAUCAGACAGUUUGAGGAUGGAAUUGAAAUGAUAGAAUUAAAUGAUACAUUGCAUCAAGGCAAGGCUUCCCAAAUGCGUUCAUAUUACACCAUGAAAUGGAUGGAAUACUUGAGUGAACUUGAGAUUGAGUUAAAAGCCAUUCUCCUUGAUAGAGCACUCUUUGUCCCUGACCUAAAUCAAUAUUUCAAUAAGCGUCUCUAGCCGAUGAUAGAAGUCGCUCUCGAUAAAUCUAUUAAUGAUACCAGCAAAUUAAAGAUCUAAUGUUACAUCAAUGAGAUCCUGCUUCUAGUUCAAAGUGUGAGUAUUAAGAUAUGGAAGGAACAUCCUCAGAUUUCACUUUCAAUCCUAAAACGUUUGCACUCUAUCCUAAGCAAUUCUUUCUACGAUAGCAAAAUUCGGGACUUAAGCGCCUAUAUUGACACAUUUAAUGACUUCUACGGUGAACGCUUGCAUCAUGGUGUUAGAAGUGAACUUGAAGGCUCUGAUAACAUCCAAUUCACAGAACUCUACAAUUCCAAGACCUUUUAUCCACUCAAGGGGGAGAUCCUGGAUUCCUAUCGAAUGAAUCAAGAUGUGUAUUCGUUCUCCCCAUUUCAAAGAGUCCAAAUCCACUACUUCUACAAGAAUGGAGGCUUCGCUCUCUUGGAUGACGCCAUUAGGAAUUUCAAUCUAAAUAAUUUGGAUGUCUUCUCCAUCUUCCAAUAUCUCAAUACUUUUUUGGAUAGGCAGAAGUUUUUGAAUUAUUUCCACCAUUUUCGACUUUCAGUCUUUGACAUCCAAAUUGACAGAGGAAGAAAUCAAGAAUUCCAAUCGAGACACAAUCAAAAAGUUGACUGA